AUGAACCCGGAUGUAUUGAGUUUCCUCCUGGAAAACGACCCGCUCCUCUCCACUAUAACCCCCACCAAUAUAAUGUCCCAGGCCAUGGUGUCCUCCUUCUCUAUGGACGUGUCGGCCUACUCGAGCGACCUGUACGAGUACCCCGCCACCAAGCGACCGGUCGGGGGCCUGCCCAACGCCUUCGUCAUGUGCUGGGAAAACGUCCUCGUGCCCACCAAGUGGAUGCACCAGCAGCUGGGGCUCAGGUCGUCCCUGCAGGCGCUGCAAGCCGCCAAGCAGCGCGCCCUCCGCACUCCGAACCUGCAGGCGGCGCUGGCCGCAGUGGAGCAGGACCUCAUCCAACUGCUCACGUCCGUGUCGAGCUACGGCCCGCUCUUCAUCGUGAGUGAGGAGAGCGUGCAGUUCGUCGAGGCCAUGUGCAAGACCUUCUUCCCGAGACUGGCCUUCUGUCUCGGCAGCUCGACUACAAUGACGAGUGUGCACGUGAUUGGAUCCCCCAGCAGAUUCCAGUCCGCAGCGGAGAAGGCGGCGUGGAGAGUCAAUCUGCUGCAGAGUCUCUGUCGUGACAGACUCUUCGGCGGAGCGCCGCAGAGGCUGCUGGACCCUCGAGCAGGCAGGUUCGGACUCGUGGUGGUCAGUCCGCACCAAACGGACAUCGCGGCAUGCGGCGACACGUACAAGGCCGCUCCGUUCGUCGUGUCCAAGAGCGUCCACGUGCAGAACGCACGGAAUUUGACGCUCGGAGAGUUCACGCUGCAUCUGAGGACUCUGGCGGAGUACGUGCCCCAGGCUGCUCCGUGCGACACCAGCUUCGCGAUUCAGCUCUAG